UUCAGAAGAACUUUAUAUAUACUAUAAUAUUUAAAGUCACUAUUUAAAGUUUAAACUGUAAACACAUGGAUUUUUAAAAUAAAGCAAUUUAGUUAGUUCAAAAACUGUAUUUUAGUAGUACGAAAAGACUAGGAUAUCGCCAUUAUAACAGGUCGUACUCUAUACUCUAUAAUAAUCUAUGAAAUCUCGUUUAAUUAUAACUUACCGAAAUAAUCGGUAUUCGGUAAUAAUUGUUAUUUAAAAAUAAUAAAUAAGGAAGCCAACUAAUCUCCAUAAUAAAGUUGUAGCUAUCCAAAAGUAAUAUAGUGUGUAUUAAAAAGUGCUUAGUAUUAUUCAGAAAGGGUUUACACUUUUUGUAUCCUUGUACGUGUAUAGGACCUUAAAAAUGGCCAAGAAGAAAAGUUUUAAACGCAAAGGCAAGAAAACUACAUGUGCAAUUUAUAAACAAGAUGUAGAUCAUAAACAAGACGAAGUAAAAUCAGAUACUUCUGUAUCGAAAAAUACUCUCGAGUCUUCCAAUUCUGUGAGCCAACCUGUUUUAUUAAAACUAUGCAGACUGUGUGAGAGCAAGGAUGGGCCAUUCGUAGAAAUGUUUGAUGCCGAGACGAUACUAGCUAAGAAAAUAGAUGAUAUAAUGCCAUUUGUGAUUGCUGAAAAUGAUGAUUUGUCCCAAAUAAUUUGUUUUCGAUGUUCAGCGAAAGUUGAAGAGGUAUAUGAAUUUAUACAAAAAUGUAUUAAAACUCAAGAGAAAUUUCAGGAGGCAGCAGGUAUAAAGGUUAUUCUAAAACGAAAACAACAUAGUUAUCGAUCAGCUUGGGAGGACAAGUUAAAUGAACGUAAUAUUUCUAAUGAUGAUGUAUGUAAUGCUCUCAUUCUAAAGGCUAUUGAAGGUAUAAGAAACUUACCUAUCAAACCUUCCGGCGAAUCAGAACAACAGGUCAUAAAAAAAGAUACGAGAUUGUCAUUUAAAUCUCUGAAAGAAGAUAAUAAAGAUGUUUAUAAGAACAAAGAAGAUUCUAGAGAAAUAAAUAAGCCUACUGAAAUCCAAGGAAAUACUAAUAAAGCUCAAUCUGACCACUCUGCACCAAAAAUUGGCGAAACACCUAAGGAUACUGAAAAGCAAUUAAUGAAAAUAAAUAAAUUUUGUCUAGAUAGUGAUCACUCUACAGAAAUAUCAGAAGAAAUUAAGCCAUUCAAUAUAAUGGAUCAUGUAUGCAUGAUAAAAGUGAAUGGCGUAGGUGUUUUAUUCCAAUGCAAGUUAUGCAAUCGUAAUUUCUUAGUAAAGGAAGUUGUAAUGAAUCACAGAUGUGCUAAAAACGGCGGCAAAAAGAUUGCAGAAGAAGAAAAAACAGUUGCGCCUCCGCCACCAAAGGUUCCUCUUAUUAAAUAUAUUAAUACUAAACCACAAACUGAAAUAAAAUCCAAUGAAUGUUCAAGUAAAAUAAUCAAUAGCACUCCCAUAAAUGUAGAUGAUGAUGAAGAUGACAAGCCUUUACUGCCUCAGAAGCCUAAACGUAAAAUAGGUCCAGCUAGCAAAAUAAGGCAACUCGAAAAUACACAGUCAGCUCAAACAUCAUCAGCUAAACAAGAAAAUCAAUCACUACAACAAACAUCUCAGAUACCAAGCUCAGAAACCUUAGUUGCGGCACCUACUGUUCAAAUGCCAAAUUCUGUACUACACCCGAAUAGUCGAUUUAAACUUGUUCCAGGACCAAAUAAUUCCUUUAUGUUAGUUGAAGAUAAACUUGAAGAAAUUCCUGUGUCGGAAUCAGCAACCGACAAAUCAUCUACUAUUGAAAAAAUUAAUAAUUUGCAGACAUUAAUAGUCAAGAGUGGACCAAAAUCUAGAAGAACUACAAUAAAAACGAAUCUUGACCAGCAGCAACCUUGUCCUACAGAACAGCCCUACCCAGUACGUUUGAUCAAAUCUGGAGUUGCUUGUCAUUCCGUUUCGCAUUCACCUUCUGAAACCACUCCAGCCAAAAAACAGUCUUAUACAAUAGUUCAAACUGGGAAUCCCAGCAAAUUGCUCAUAUCCACAAAAUCUCAUUCGGCGGAUGAGGUUCCCACCAAGAGAUUAAAAAAAACUUUAACGGAGCAUUCAUAUUCUGGUCCAUCAGAGAAUACACAAAAAUGUUUCACAUUUAUUAACGUAGAUCCUAAUACACAACCUUCUUAUGUAUUACCAACAGGAAACAUAGUCCAAGAGUCUCAAAUAUCAACUUCUACCAUUAAACCUGGCGAAGAUAAAUAUCCUUGUGAUAUUUGUGGGGAAAAAUUCUCUAGAGAAAAGAAACUGCAAAGUCAUAUACAAUCACAUUACAAUCAACUUGAUAAGGAGGAUCAAAAAAGAGGUUUCACGAAGAAACGAAAAUUAAAGUCGUAGGUUAGGGAGAAAUACUGGAGUCUUAAAGAAGAUUAUAUGUGUGAUAAAGUGUUUUCGAUACUGUUUAAAGCCCUGUUACCUAUGUUACUUAUGGUUGUCAGUUCUACAUACAGCUGCUAUGUACUCAAAGGGGGAACACUCAAAUACUUUGUUGAUUUAUUAAUCAACAUUUAAAUUAUAUUACAUUGUUUGUUAAUAUUCCUAAUGUUAAAAGUUUUAAAAUUUGUUUAACAUUACUUAAGUAAUAGUACAUAUAUUUUAAACAAAUAACAAUCAUGAAAUUGUAAGAACCUGUAACAAAUAUUGUAACUUUAAAAAGUACCAAUAUAACCAAAAUAUUUAUAAUAAAUUGCUACUACAAGUAUUCGAUAUCAAUAAUAUAAUCGAAGAGUCUCUAAUAAGUCUUGCAAUAAUAUACAUAAAUGUAACCGUAUAUUAUUUUUUAUAGUAUUCUUCUGGAACAGAUAUUAUAGGUAAUCACUGUAUUAACCAGUCAAAAUAACCCGGACGAUUUUGUUAUUUGCAGAAAUGAAAAAUAAAUGAGAAUGUGAGACGAAACGACGGUGAUUGUGAUAGGGUUCCAUCCCUAGUCCACGCGUUGACGCAACAUUAUUAUUUAUUUGUCCAAAAUUCUUCUAUUGUUUACAUUCUCAUCCCGUAGGAACUUUACACUAAAAUACUUUGCGAUAGAUGUGACCCCUCUAAGCCAACGUAAAAUUGUAUUGCAUAGGUUACAGGACCAGGACAGGAGUCGACAGCAAAUAAGCUCAUUGUUAUUAUAUAACCUUAAAGUACAUAGUAUGGUACUGUCAACAUUGUUUUGCUUUUCGCCUCAUGGAUGUCUAAUGAUAUACAUAUAUGUAUGUAUAUAAUGAUAAACUAAUUCUUUUUAUUAAUUUAUGGAACCCGAAUCAUAACUAUAACAUAUUGCUGAAACGUUAUCAGCGAAUUGCUAAUCAGGGCUAUUACAUGUUGGCAACAUUAUCUUAUAUAUACUUAUAUGCAUAAAAUAGUACUAAGAUUAACUCAGUAUUAAUGCAUGCAAAUAUAGAUAAAAGUCAGCAUUCAGGUAACAGAAAGGCAAACGAAGAAUAAUUUUGAUUCGUUUUCCCACUCCAUACAAAUUCGUAAAAAAUAGGUACUAGUUUCACUCUACUGAUUAGUGUCGUUUUCAUUUGCAUAAAUAAAUACCUAAGCGGUAAUUUCGUUUUCUUGCUGUCGUUCUAGCAAGCAAACAUAUCAAAUCAAAACAAAAUAUCAAAAAUCUUCUAAAUUUACAUUUAAUGUCAGUGCUCAAAUCAAGAGCUGCAAAACACCCAAAAGACUAUUCUGCGUCACUCUUAAAUCGCCGAGGUGUUUUAUUCAAAUUUACUUACAGGGAACUGCAAUUUCAAAACAACUACAUAUUUUAGU